CCACGUGGCAGCUCGAGAAGGGCAGAUGAGAUCGCGCGGAAUACCGACCUCUUAUCCAUCAGUUAUUCUCUCUCACUAAAAACUCUCUGUUUUGAGUUUUCCUUUCUCUCUCUACUCGGCCGGUUUUCUCCCAGUUUUCCGACCCGACCCGUUUUCUGCCAUGUCCAUCGUUGCUGCCGCUGCUGCUCUCUCUCUUCCUAUCUCUCUUUCUCGAUCAAACAAGUUUCACGCUACAAAGUGUCUGAGGGGAGGGUUUGGAGUAUUUGCUAUCAUUGGAGAGGAAGGUGGGCUGGUUGAGAGGAAAAGCCCUUGGACUUCACUCUUUGAUGUAGAAGAUCCGCGGGCGAAGGUCCCUCAGUAUAAAGGUAAGUUUCUCGAUGUGAAUCAAGCUCUAGAGGUGGCUAGAUAUGACAUUCAAUACUGUGACUGGAAAGCUAGGCAAGAUGUUCUCACAAUCAUGCUUCUCCACGAAAAGGUUGUGGAAGUCAUAAACCCUCUUGCGCGGGAGUUCAAAUCUAUUGGAACACUUCGGAAAGAACUAGCAGAUUUGCAGGUGGAACUGGCACAAGCCCACAACCAGGUGCAUAUAUCAGAAGCAAGGGUGUCAACAGCUUUAGACAAGCUAGCCUACAUGGAGACACUGGUUACUGAUAAAAUCUUGCAAGAUACGAGCACGACAGGACCCGACUUGUUACUCCCUUCUUCCACUCUGUCUCUUCCACCUGCAAAGAGCAGGCAGCCAAAGAGAAGCAUCAAUGUAUCUGGUCCUGUCCAACCUUACAAUGAUCACCUGAAAAACUUCUGGUAUCCCGUUGCUUUUUCUGCAGGCCUCAAGGAUGAUACCAUGAUGCCAAUUGAUUGCUUCGAGGAACCUUGGGUUCUUUUCCGUGGAAAGGAGGGAAAACCAGGGUGUGUUCAGAAUACUUGUGCACACAGAGCCUGCCCACUCGAUUUAGGUUCGAUUAAUGAGGGACGUAUAAAGUGUCCCUAUCAUGGAUGGGAAUACUCUACUGAUGGAAAAUGUGAGAAAAUGCCCUCUACAAAGUUCCUCAACGUAAAGAUCAAGGCGCUGCCAUGCUUCGAACAAGAGGGAAUGAUCUGGAUCUGGCCAGGGAAUGAUCCUCCAACGCCAAAACUUCCUUCGUUAUUACCACCUUCAGGAUUCCAAAUACAUGCUGAGAUUGUCAUGGAACUUCCAGUGGAACAUGGGCUCCUACUAGACAACCUUUUGGAUCUUGCACAUGCUCCUUUUACUCACACUUCGACAUUUGCUAAGGGAUGGAGCGUUCCAAGCUUGGUGAAGUUUUUGACACCUUCUGCAUCUAGUCUGCAAGGCUACUGGGAUCCAUAUCCCAUAGAUAUGGAAUUCCAUCCACCCUGCAUGGUGCUAUCAACGAUUGGGAUCUCCAAGCCCGGGAAAUUACAAGGGCAGAGCACAAGAGAGUGCGCUACUCAUCUCCACCAACUUCACGUCUGCUUACCUUCGUCUAAACAGAAGACGAGGUUGCUGUACAGAAUGUCACUCGACUUUGCUCCAAUUCUGAAACACGUCCCGUUCAUGCAACACCUGUGGAGAUAUUUUGCUGAGAAGGUUCUGAAUGAGGAUCUGCGGCUCGUACUUGGCCAACAGGAGCGCAUGCUCAACGGCACAAAUGUUUGGAACUUGCCAGUUUCCUAUGACAAGCUGGGAGUAAGGUAUAGGCAAUGGAGGGAUUCAGUGGAACGAGGCUCGAAAGAGCUGCAUUCGCAAUACAACUUUCUUGACCAAUAGUGUUACUUGGUUUGCUCCCAUUGCUCCAUUAACCAUCACCAAUUAUGCCUGCGGAUUUCAACAACAAAUAGUUAGUUGAAAAUGGUCUAAACACACAUCCUUGGUGAUAAUAAGAGAAAUCACAGUCUUUGCAUUUGUAUAGUUUUUUUUUCCCUUGUACAGGUUUGAAAUAAACAUUGGCCCCUCCUACUUUUUUUUGGUUCAAAUAGUGACCAGAAGACCCAGUGGUGUCACUGAUUUUUUUUUUCAACUUUCCUUUUUGAUAGGAAAUGUCAGUUGUAUCAUAUGCUGAAAUUGUGUUUAAUAUAGUUGGGAGUUUGAAUCCAA